GUAAAAUAUAAUGAAUCAUUUAGUGUGGAACAGAGGGAGUGCUAUCAUAUUGUCAUUUUAUUAUUUGCCAUUUCAAAACUAAUAAUUCAUUCUACUAAAUUAAGAUCAAACAAAAGUUUUAGUUUUCUGUUAUAAAUCAUUAUUCAUUUAGAUUAUAAGUACCAUGAUUUAAUUAAAUUAGCCAUCAUUUGUAAUCUGGUUAGUGAGAUCAAUUAAGGACAGAGAGUAGAAUCAUGGAAGAGAAAAAGAAUUACUCUGGUACUUCUCUUCUUGUGCCAUCGGUUCAAGAGUUAGCCAAGGAUAAUAUUUCAGCAGUUCCACCAAGAUAUAUUCAAUCUCAACUUGAAGAAUUAGUCAACAAUAAAAGUGAUAGUAUUCUUGAAAUUCCAGUUAUUGAUAUGAAGAAAUUGCUUUCUUUAGAAUUUGGGAGUGAAGAAUUGACUAAGCUUCACCUUGCUUGCAAAGAUUGGGGAUUCUUUCAGUUGGUGAAUCAUGAUGUUAGUUCUUCCUUGGUGGAGAAAGUAAAGUUGGAGAUUCAAGAGUUUUUCAACCUUCCAAUGUUAGAGAAGAAAAAUUUUUGGCAAACUGAACAACAUAUGGAAGGAUUUGGACAAGCAUUUGUUGUGAGUGAAGAGCAAAAGCUUGAUUGGGCUGAUAUAUUUUACAUGACCACACUUCCUAAACACUCUAGAAUGCCACACUUGUUUCCACAACUUCCACUUCCUAUCAGAGAUACUUUUGAGCUUUACUCCAUAGAAAUGAAGAAGCUGUCCAUGAUAAUUGUUGAAUAUAUGGGAAAAGCUUUGAAAAUGGAUGAAAAAGAAAUGAAUAUCAUAUUUGAAGAUGGGAUACAAUCCAUGAGGAUAAAUUAUUACCCUCCAUGUCCUCAACCAGAAAAGGUUAUCGGGCUAACACCACAUUCAGAUGCAUCAGGACUCACAAUCCUCUUACAACUCAAUGAUGUCCAAGGGCUCCAAGUAAGAAAAGAUGGCAUGUGGGUCCCAGUUAAACCCAUUCCUAAUGCCUUCAUUGUCAAUAUUGGAGACAUGCUUGAGAUUGUAACAAAUGGGAUAUACCGAAGUAUUGAACAUAGAGCAACUGUGAACUCUGCAAAAGAAAGACUAUCAAUUGCAACAUUUUGUACAACAAGACACAACGGAGAGAUAGGUCCUGCAGGAAGCUUCAUCACCGAAGAAACACCAGCACGGUUCAAAACAAUUGGACUGCAAGAAUACUUAAGGAAUGUUUUUGCUCGUAAACUUGAUGGCAAGUCUUACCUAGAUGCUAUGAGAACAUAGCAUCACUUACUCAAGUUAUUGAAAUUGUUGUACUAUCAUAUAUGUCAAUGUGUUUUAAUGAAGUGAAAAAAAUUGACAAAUUAGACAAUGAAAUAAAUUUUCCUAAAUAUUUUAGGACUAAUGCAAUAAACACUGGUAGCUAUGUAAUGAAUCGUGUCUUUAUAAGAUCAAUUUUAAAGUUAAUGUCAUAUGAAAUAUAUAAAAGAGUCGGAUAUUUUGAACUUU